AUGACUGGCAUUGGAACGCCCCAGAUUGGCGUGCCAGCUAUGGCGAUAACGACAACAGCAUCCCAAUACCUCAAGGGCGAUGAUACGGCAGACUUCGGCGACUUUGUGAGCACUGAAGACGACGAACUUGAUCUUGAAGAGGUUGUCGAGCCCUGGCAUAAGUACGAUAUAAAGGAAACUCCGCAUGUAUUCUAUCCCAUUUUUGUCGGACAAGUGCUCAAUGAAAGAUACCUGGUAGAGCACAAAAUCGGCUCUGGGGGCUUCUCCACUGUCUGGAUGGCCCAGGACCUUAAGAACAAGAGAGAUGUGGCCCUCAAAGUUAUGUCUUUGGGACAAUGGGGAGAAAAUGAAGCCCACAUGCAUGACAAAAUUAUCCAGACUGUACAGGAUAUCUCUCACUUUGUGACAUAUUUUGACACCUUUCUACUCCCUGGAAAUAAGGGACAUAAUAGGGUUCUGGUGCUUCCCUUGAUGGGCCCAUGUCUUUGCCCUGUUAUUCUGAGAAAGAUGCCCAUGGCCACUCGCAUGUCUGCUGCUCAGCAGUUGCUAAAGGCCUUGGAAAAUUUACACGAAGCUGGUAUUGUACACCGUGAUUUGAAUGAGAGGAACUGUAUGUGGGGGAUGGUUCCUGUCCACAAUCUCAACAGGAGUGCUAAAUACAAGGCACUCACUCGGCCACUAAAGCAAUCCAUACCAUUUGUUGAGCUCUGGAAGCAGGGAGAGCUUGUUCGUCCCCUUGAGAUUCCUGAGAAUCUACGAACAGACGAAUUCUAUCUUGGUGACUUUGGUCUGGCCAUGACACUUGGUGACCCUGUGACUCAACAUGGCUAUCCACCUCUGCAAUUUUGCUCCCCAGAUCGACUUCAUGGGAAAGAUCCAAGUUUUGCCUGUGACAUGUGGAGUUACAUGGUCAUAUUUGCGGAGCUCUAUCUUGGCUAUCCACCUUUCCCUACCUAG